AUGGCAUUGCCAAGGUUAGAUCCACCCUUCGGUGAUUGUUUGUUUGCAGGCUAUGAUCAUCCUGAAGAGUAUGAGUGUGAUAUUUGCAUAAUUGUUGAUUGGGAGUCAUUGUUAAUAUUGCCCAAACAUGUCGCUUUUAAGGGUGACAAUGGUCAAUAUCUUAGUGCUCGUUGGAUCGAAGGACAUCCAUAUCACCAGUAUGCAUCUAACGAUAUUGGAGAUCCAACAGUUGGUUAUGAGAUUUUCACAACCAACGAUGGAAGCAUUCGCGUGAAAUCUGAUUACUUUGGUAAAUUUUGGAGGCGUAGUCCAAAUUGGAUAUGGGCCGACACAACAGACACUAGCAACAACAACUGCGACACAUUAUUUUGGCCAGUUAAAGUUUCUAGCAAUGUUGUUGCUCUUCAAAAUUUGG